AUCGUCGUUCACGGUUGACGUUACCGAGGUCUUUCUUUCUACCAUCUUUCCCGAGUUCCUCGGAUCGGAGAUUUAUUUCCAAAGCUGGGGUCAAUAGUGGCCUCGAAUAAACUUUGACCUUCUAAACACGACAUUCGAACCUCCAAUGGACUUUACUGAAAUUUACAAGCAGUCUAGUGGCAUCGUUGCCUUCAGUCCUGGAGCCCACUUCGUUCUAACGGCAGUGCAGGACAGAGUCGUCAUCCGGCGCGCAGACACAUUCCAAAUUACUCGAACCUGGCUUUCGUCUUCAGAUGCGCAGUCAUCCCAGGUCUCAUCCAGAUCUCAGGGCUCUGCCAAAUCCCAGCCGGUUCAACCGGACGCGUGGAUUACUCACGCAAGUUGGUCCAACGACUCGGAAUAUCUUUUGGCUGCAUGUGCAAAACGAGGUGUUGUCAAUAUUUUCAAGCUACGGGAUGAGUCAUGGAAUGCACGAGUGAAUGUCGGCACGGAAAGUCUUGUAAAGGCAGAAUGGGCACCAGACGGUAGAUCGAUAUUGUGUUUUUCUUCAUGGGGUCUCAGAGUUACGAUUUGGUCUCUCAUUACAGGCACAUGCACAUACAUCCAAUAUCCAUUGCACCCAGAUCGAGGCUAUGGAUUUCGCCCCGAUGGCCGCUAUCUCAUCAUUGCUGAGCGACACAAGUCCAAGGAUACCCUAGGUGUCUACGACGCGUCGGAGUUAUAUCGUCUUGUCAGGCAUUUUCCGCUACCGACAUCUACACUCGCAUCAUUAUCAAUUUCACCUAACGGAGACUAUGUCGCAAUCUGGGAAGGGCCUAUGGAGUUCAGAGUCUACAUCCUGAAUCUUUCCGGCAAUACAGUGGGAAGCUUCACACCAGACCUUGACCCAGGGUAUGGAAUCCGGUCUGUAGUGUGGCAUCCAUCUGGCUUCUUCUUAUUGGUGGCGGGUUGGGAUGACAAGAUCCAUAUCCUAGAACGGCUUACAUGGGGGCCUGUGGCGCUUUUGGAAUUACAAAGUCGCAUUGGCAAUCCUGUGAUUGUUUGGAGGGAGCCUUCCGAUUGGUUAGAGAAGACGCAAGGAAGAGGGUUUCUUUCAUAUGAACGGCUGCAGCCACCACACAGCAUAGCUGUCGGCCGACCAGAUUUUUCCAAAGGCAACCCAAAAUCAGGGGUCGUACAGUUGUCCUUCAACGUGUCUGGCACCCUCUUACUAGCUCGUUUCGAGUCAGCACCAACGGCGGUGUUUCUUUAUGCGUUCCCUUCUGCGUCUGAUCACGACGUUCCAACGCGGCCGGAGGCCUCUGUUUCACUCGCGCCCAAGCUCAAAAGUGUCCUGAUACACACCAAUCCAGUCGUCGCUGCGAGGUGGAACCCCGUGAGAAAAGGAAGCCUAGCAAUUUCUUGCGGUACUGGAAGCAUAUAUCUCUGGAGUGACGAAUGGGUUGGAGACGACGCAACGGGAGAAAGUGAAGAAGUGGCGGAAUGUGUCGGAAUACCAGCCAGACAAUUCAACGCUCAAGAUAUUCGAUGGGCACCUGAUGGAAAGGGACUUAUAUUACUCGACAAGGAAGCUUUUUGUUGUGCAUUUGAAGUGGAGGACGAGGAGCAACCUGUGUAAACUACCAGUUUUAUAAGCCUUGUGCUGUACACAACACCAAUUGUAUUUCCAGGAACUUG